CAAAGCAAAAAACCCGCAUGAAACCAGCCAGCAAAAUGCAUCAAUCAAUAUGGGGCUGGAGUCUUCCAUUGCUGUUUCUGUUGAUCCUCGGCACACCGGCCAUAUCCUCGCGUGUCCUUGAGCUAAGCGAUCGCUUCAUCGAUGUGCGCCAUGAAGGUCAAUGGUUAGUGAUGUUUUAUGCACCUUGGUGCGGCUAUUGCAAAAAGACGGAGCCGAUAUUUGCGCUAGUCGCUCAGGCGCUCCAUGCGACAAAUGUCCGAGUGGGUCGAUUGGAUUGCACCAAAUAUCCUGCAGCAGCAAGAGAAUUCAAAGUACGUGGCUAUCCCACAAUUAUGUUUAUCAAGGGCAACAUGGAGUUUAACUACAAUGGUGAUCGCAGCAAGGAUGAGCUGGUGGAUUACGCUUUAAGGAUGUCCGGGCCACCUGUCCAGCUGGUCACCCGGACAGACAGCGUGGAUAUGUUGAAGGGCUCCCAUACGAUCUUCUUCAUGUUUGUGGGUGCACAGCAAGGCGUUGUCUGGGACACAUACUACGCAGCCGCCGAGGGUUACCAGGAGCAUGGCUUCUUCUAUGCGACCAGCGAAGAGAUUGCUGCGCAGCAUUUUGAUUUUGAGAAGUUGCCCGCUGUAAUUGUCUACAAGGAGGAACAACAUCAUUUCUAUCCACACGGACAUGUGGCUCACGAAAUGGAUCCAAAUGACGUCAAUGAAACCAUAUUCCAAUGGGUAAAUGUGGAGCGUUUCACGCUGUUCCCAAGGGUCACGCGCUUCAAUAUCCAUCAGCUGCUAAAGACGAAAAAGUUCUUAGUGCUCGCUGUGGUGCAGGAGGAUAAGCUGAGUCAGAUAGCAACGCACGAGCUGGAGUUUAGGGAUAUGGUUGAGGGUGUCAUACGCAAGCAUCGACCGCGUUACCAUGAAAAAUUCCAAUUUGGAUGGAUUGGCGAUCCGUCUAUAGCACAUUCCAUUAUACUGGACCAAUUGCCCACGCCUCAUUUGAUAGCAUUGAAUUCCACGACUCAGCAUCAUUAUAUACCCGACGACGAUCCGCUCCAGAUGACGCCACAGGCGCUUCACCUGUUCCUCGAAUCAAUUAGCAAUGAGAGCGCCACUGCCUACGGUGGAGAUACAUAUUUUGUACGAGUGAAUCGCGCACUCUUUGAACUGAAGCGUUCCUUGCGCGAAAUGUGGCGUGGCAAUCCGGUUUUGAUGACUGUCAUCUUUGGCCUGCCACUGGGCUUUCUCUCGCUCAUCAUGUAUUCCAUUUUCUGUGGCGAUUGUCUGGUCACAGAGGAAGAUCAGGAGGAGGAUCACGAAAAGAAGGAGUAAAGCAGCAUGGAGGAUUGCAAGAUGAAGAAGGAAUAGAGGAAGCAGGACCGUAACAAGAAGAAGUAGAGAGAAGAUGAACUAAAGAAGAAUAAUGAACAAUAGAAGGACGAAGUCAGAAAUCAGCUGUAUAAGAAGGAAGAGUGCUCGAGAGGAAUAUCCAAAAAUGUACUCCUGUGUGGUCACUUAGAAGUAGCAGGAGGAUAACUAUAAGAAGUACAGGAAGUGGAGUCUCACUAAAAGAAUAUGUAGAACAGCAGGAGAAUCUACUCCCAAGCUAAAAAUUCAUCCCAUUGUUAGUGCAAUUCUCACAAUUCACAAUGUACUUGCAUUAAGCCAAAAUCUAGUCUUAUUUUAAACGACAUAAACUACAUUUUGCUGAUAGAACUAAUAAUUUUUUGAAUUACUAAACGAUUUUUGUAUACCCUACGAAAUGUGUA